AAAAAAAAGCCAUAGGAAUCCUUCGUGAGCCUUCUUCUCCACCUAAAACAAUCCCCAAGAAUCCCCUUUAUAAACCUCUACUCAUCUACACUAAGAUAAAAGAAUCCUAGUAGAUUCUCUUAUAGUACAGGAAUCCUACAAUAAAUGCUCUUGUUAUUGAACUAUUGCUGUAUUUAUUACACCGCACAGCCGACCGGGUGUCUCUAUUAAAACCUAUCUAAUUAUUCGUAAUAAUCGCGGUUCGUUUAAUCUAACGGGUUAGGGGACCUCCCGAAACAUCACUCCACUCCACUCCACUCCACUCUACACCGACAGAGUUCAUUGUCGAAUCCAUUCGAGAAGAACGUUCUCUCUACCAUUAUUAAAAUAAUAAGCAAAAUGUCGAUCUGGCUCUGUUCGGUCGUUGUUAUCCUGACGACGACGACGACGACGGUAAUGUCCAACAAACGCGUCCAGGAUUUCUUCCCGGACGUCCGGGGGAACCUCACCAAAGUCACGUGGGCGCACGCCGUCAACAAUCAAUCCUACCUGGAAUCCGUACUAGAGCAAAAUGACGUGAUGAUGAUCGAAGCGGACGUGACGAUGGGAAAACUCCACGACGGUGACGGUCUGUUGCCGAUAAUGGCGCAUCCGCCGUCGAAGGUAUCCGAUCUGUCGUUGAAGGACUUCCUGGAACAGGUGGAGGAAUCGAACGCGCGCGCCGACAGGACGCCCAAGGGCGUCAAGCUCGAUUUCAAGGACAUCGAAUCGUUCAACGCCGCCAUGGGACAACUCCAGCGAGCCGAUCAGAAACGCUAUCCGCUGUGGAUCAACGCCGACAUACUGCCGGGCCCUGGCAAUUCGCCGGUCAAACCGGUCGACAGCGCCCAAUUUCUCGGCAAAUGCAAGAGCCUCACCGGCGGCGCCGUCCUCUCGUUGGGCUGGACGACCACCGUCGACGACGACGCCGCCCCCGCCGGCUACAGCAUCGACAACGUCAAGGCCAUGAUGGACGUCGUGACGCGCUACAAACUCACCAACUCCAUCACCUUUCCCGUCAGGGCCAGUCUAGUGGCGAGAAGCGGACCCGAAAUGCAGGCUUUGCUUAGGGGUUUCGAGGAUUCGACGUUGACGGUGUGGUCGGCUGCUUUUGACGAGGUGGACGUGGAUCGAUUGCGGAAGGUGAUUUUGGACAUCGGCGUGGAGAAGGUCUACUUGGACGUGCCGGAUGAGAUACGGGAGAGGCUCGAAUUGGACAAGAAUGGAGCGAGCAGAUCGGCGAAGGUGGCGCUGACGAGCCUGUUGGUGGUGCUGGUGGUGUUGGUGGUGUUGUAAAUGUACUAGCUGUACAUGCUUCGAAUAAAGGGUAUUUAGGUGGCUUCGAAAACUGGUCUGGGAAAUUUGGGUUAUAUGAUGUGGACUGUAUUAUACAUAUGCAAUG